CAAAACCGUUGGAAACGGAAACGUCAAUUUGUUGCAGAAAACAAACGCACACAACAGACCGAACAUUAUUCUUUAUUCGUGAUAGAUAAAAUAUGGAGAGCGGUGACGGAAUACAAUAUGAUAUAACAGAAACUGUUCAACAAUUUCUUGACAUGAUACUCGAACAAAUAAUUACUGGCGUGGAGGAAAAAGAGAGAAAAGACAGUUUGCAAGUCGUUCAUGAAAUAGUCAACGAUAUGUUACGGAAAGCUGUCCAGAUUGCCGAGGAUGAUAAAUGUAUAUGUCCAACUGAAACGAAGGUUACAGUUCAAGAACAUCCUAAACCCCAACAAAUAUCAAAUGAUGAAUCAGACGGAAGUGCUUCUGACGACAAUAUCAGAGAUGAAAUGGCUACUGAAACAGUUUCUCUAGAAUCCCCAGAUCUCACAACCAGUGAAUAUUUUUCAAAGAGUGAAUACUUGGAGAGUCGUUUAAGUUUAUACGCCAGUUUGAUCAGACGACCAGAGGGAAUUGAGAAGCAAAUUACAGAUGUUAAACCAAGUAUCAAAGCUAUGGUGAUGGAUUACACAUUAAAUGCUAGCAAAGAGCAACAGGGCAGCCGGGAGAAAGGUUUUAAAUAUGAAACAAAUGCUAAAAUCUCUGAUUUCAACGACAACACGUCUAAUAGUCAUAUAAGUGCCAGUACCUCAGACGUGAAAAGUUUUGCAGAUCAUUUAGAAGAUUGCACAAAUAGAUACAGAAAUCUACAUGAAGAUAGCAUUAGCUCCCUACGUAAAGAGUGUAUUGACAACUCUGAUGCAAACAAACUUACCGAUGCUAAGGUUUCAGUUAAAGAUGACUUACUGGAAGAAAAAGUGUUCCCUAAAUUUUCAAAAGUUAAAAAGAUCAAAACAAAAUACGGCAAAGUAAAGAUCCACUACACUGAAGACCUUAGUAAGGCGGAACAGGAUAGGAUUGUCAAAAAUGCUGUAGAAAUGCUGUUACAAAAUGCGAAACAGAAUGAAUUAGCGGAAAGGAGGCAACAGAAAAGAACAAGAGGAGGCUUUGGUAGAAGAAUUGCUAAUUUCUUCAGACGUCUGUCAUGCUGCAGAAAUAGUGAUAAAAAAUACUUAUAUUAAACCUCUGUUUGAUUUUCAUUUAUAUUGAUGCAUAUUACAUAUCGAGACAUUUGUUGGUUUUCACAUAUUUGUAUGUUAUUGUAUGUUUAAAAUCUUUAUUUAAUUAUCUAUUAUUUGUGCAAAAGAUUAUUUAUUUAUUUUUAAAUGCCGUUUCGGCAUAAACAUUGCAAUAUGUGAUUAAAACAACAUAGUUGUUUAACAUAA